AUGAAAAACUUGGAAGGACACUUGCUCAAAAUGGAAAGCCUUCACACAGGAACUUUGGUUUCUUUCGAAGUCCUCAGACAAAAGUUGAUUGUGGUAAAAUGCACAGUGGUGGUGUCACUGCACCUGAAAAAAGAUGAGGACGAUCCAUCACAGUCAAAAAAGCUCCGUCAGUUCAGCUGUGACAAGUCCAUGAAAAAGUAUGUGGUUGACGACAUGUGA